AGUUUUCAGGGUUCUUUGUGAUGCUUUAUGAGGGUCCCCAAAUAUGAAUUUUGGAUACAUCAUGUGGCAAACCCUCCACACCUUUAGGAUGCAGGGUUUUAGAGCCUUCUGGAUAUGGAUCCUUGAAGCACAUAGAGGUGCAUAUGGUUAUUAUGGCCUAUUCUCCCAGGUCUUCAGUGAGGCUGAGUUUGAGUCUGCUUGGUUGGAGGCCUAGGCAUUCUGCCUGGCAAAAAGAGCUUCCUAGGAGUAGCCUGACAAGUUGAUGUUUUGUGCAUGGUCAGGCAAGUGUGAAGAAUUUCUGUUUGGUUGGAAGCCUGUGUAUGAGAACACUAAUAAUGAAAUUGGCACAUCUAGUUUAUUUAGGAAGUGUAUAAUUGAUCAAAAAGACUUGGUCCAAUCCUACUUUUCAAAUCACUAUGGUCACCCUUUCCUACAGUUGUACUAGCAUAGAAUGUCAGUCAUGAUACCAGGCUCAAAGAAGGAAAGGAAUCUCAGCAUGCGCUUUCAAUCAGGCCAGAAAUCUUCUGGUAAAUUUUGUUUGUUUUCAAAAGUCCAAUCUGCCAGCCCACCACCAGGGAAUACGCUGGUUUAUCUGAAUGUGUAUGAUUUGACACCAGUAAACGGCUAUGUUUACUGGGCUGGUCUAGGGGUAUUUCAUUCUGGCAUUGAAGUUCAUGGUGUGGAGUAUGCAUUUGGAGCACAUGACUAUUCGAUUAGUGGAGUUUUUGAGGUGGAACCUCGGCAGUGUCCUGGUUUCAAAUUUAGGAGAUCAAUAUGCAUGGGAACUACCUGCCUGGAUCCUCUCCAAAUCAGAGAGUUCAUGGAGAUUCAGUCAGUAAAUUACAAUGGGGAUACCUACCAUUUGAUAAGUAAAAACUGCAACCAUUUCUGUGAGGAUAUCUGCAAAAGGUUGACAGGAAAUUUGAUUCCAAAAUGGGUUAAUCGACUUGCUAGAAUGGGUGCUGUUUGCAACUGCAUUCUACCAGUGCCCCUGAAGAUCAGUGCAGCCCGUCAUGACCCAGGUUGUCAAGCUGAAGAUAGUGAGAGAAAAAUGCUGACAGGUUCCUUCAGUUGCUUCUCUUCAAUCUCUCUAUGCCAAAGACAUUUCUCAACAUCUUCGCUCUCCCUACGUUCCCCCACGAAAGGCACUUCUUGGGAUGCCAAACAGUCAAAUUCUACCCGAUUGAAGAAGAGCUGACAAUUGAGGUACCUUGUAUUAUCAUAUUUAGCAAAUGAAGCACAAGGAUCAAUUUUUUUUUCAUCAAUCUGUUCUACAACAGUCUUCAGAGAAGGAUAAAAAGGUAUUGGUAAGGUGUUUUGCAUACUUGGGCGUUGGAUCCAGCUGUGCUUGAACAUCUGUAUAGAGAAUGUGUAGAGAUUAUUCUUACAUUUGACUAUUUGAGUUUGAAAUACAGUGAGCUGGGGGCAAACUCCACCCUAAACUUCUAGGAAAAACAAACUCCAAAAAAUAUUUCAAUUUAUGGGUGCUGCCUAUGAGGUGAUAUUUCGGCUGUGGUAGUUUGCAAACUGGGCCAUUUUUAUAUUGUUCCCUAGAAAGCAGAUGUUUAUCCAAGUGGUGGUAUUGUUCGUCCGUUCGUGUGUACUCAUGGGUGUGCUCGUAUUGGAUUUGCACCAAAUGAUGACAACACGAGAUGGUUAUUUGCCUUUGUACAUGACUGAUGUCGUAUACGUUGGGCUAUUGCCCAUCAUUUUGGUUUUCUAA